AUGAAGGGUUGGCGCGUGACUGGCGAGAGGUCCGCGGCCACCAUCAAGCGUCCGAAGGGGCCAGGCCAGCGUUGGUUGAUCCCGGUGCAGCCGGACAGGAAUUGCAGCAUCCACUUCGGGAGACUCCAGGCCCACAUGCAGCUGAGAGAAGAUCUGGCUCAGAUUCCUGUGGCGGUCUUUGGAAACGGCUGGGGGUAUUGGCAAUCUCUGUUCCAUAGAGAUGACCAUAAGACGAUUGCCAAGUUCAUCACUGAACAUUCAUCUUUCAAGCAGAGAUACAUAGACAUGGUGAAGUCUGUCAUGCCGAAGCACUUUGCGGCAGUACAUUGCCGCCUGGGAGAUCGGGAAGCUAUACCGCUGUUUAACUGCUCUGCCUUCGGCUUCGGGAUGGGACUGGAUGAGACCUGGCCGAUGAUGACCAAAAACUCUAUUUGCAUGCGCCCUGUGCUCAAGCCCAAGGGCAAGACCAGCAAAGAACUGGUCCCUGCACCAGAGUUCAUGUCCAUGGCCCAGGCCGUGGCAGCGUGGGAGCUUCCCGAAGAGAUCAAGACGGUCUACAUUGCGACCAACAGGCCCAAGGAUCCUGUGGUCAAGAAUGUGACCAAGGUGCUGGAAGCUCGCAAGAUGCAGGUCUGGACUUGGGAGACCAUCUCCCCGAGAUUGAAGAUCGGUACAGGGGCCCCCCGGGACGGGACCGUCACCAGCAUCAUGGAGCAGAGUGUGGCCAUUCAAGCGGAUAGGUUUCUGCCGUCUUUUCCCAGCUCUUGGGGUUCUGUGGUCUUGACGCGGCGUCUGGUUGCAGAGAAGCCGGAUGCAGAGGAGCAGCACGAACUUAUGGUUCGCAACUUGGAGCUUUGGGGCCAGAAGACAAAAUGCAACUUCAAUUACACCUGGAAUGUGAGCGACUGA